AAUAUUUGGUCCUUCCCACCGGCAGGUAAAACCCGAUAGAUUACUCGGCCAGUAGAGUCCGAGGUUUUAAUAUUUGGUCCUUCCCACCGGCAGGUAAAACCCGAUAGAUUACUCGGCCAGUAGAGUCCGAGGUUUUAAUAUUUGGUCCUUCCCACCGGCAGGUAAAACCCGAUAGAUUACUCGGCCAGUAGAGUCCGAGGUUUUAAUAAUUCGUGUCAGCGCUUAGAACAAUAAAGACUGCGUAAAUGUUUUUGCGUGCAAUUAGAGUGGUCAGAUGUCCAUCCAAAUACCCUCUUUGGAUUCAUAUAAGAAAUAAAUAUACAAGCCGAGCGGAGUUAUAUAACAAAUGCUACAGCAUUCUGGGCGUUACAGAAGAUUCCGACCAAAAUUCCGUUCGGCAAGCCUACAUUUCACUGGUGAAAAAAGUACACCCAGAUAGUGGCCAUGUGGAGGCUAACGCAGAACGGUUCCACGAAGUCGAUACUGCCUUUCGUGUCCUGCAACAAAAGUUUGCAAAAUCUCGGCGAGGUAUAGUCGAAAAUUUGCAGGAUCAGGUAAAGGUAUUCGAUAUUCGCCACACUGCUCCUCAACAUCGACAGUAUUUGAGUUUCGAUGGAGUUGGUAGUGGAACACCUGCUCAGCGACAGAAACAGUAUCAAGUGGUUAGAGCUCAGCGAGCGCAGGAACGAGUUUUAGAGCAUCGUUUAUCGAAGGCACAGGCCUCGGAAACAGCACUGAUGAAAAAGGGUGAUUACUUCAAGAAACAUGAAAUAAAAACUAAAUAUGGCGUUGACCGCGUAGUGGAAGAUUUAAUUCAGGAAGCCAUGUCUCGAGGGGAUUUCAGUAAUUUAUCUGGAUUUGGAAAACCACUACCGGACCAUCAGAGCCAGAAUCCUUACGUGGAUUUCACCACUCACAAAAUUAACAAGAUAAUGUUGGAUAAUGGAUUCACCCCAGAAUGGAUUACACUCCAUAAGGAUAUUCGCGAGCAGAUUAAUGCACUCAACGAAGACUUGUCCAAAGAGCGAGGUUUAUUGGGGGAGUUUCCGCUGAGCGCACAGGACGAAUAUAAAUGGUGUAAAGUUUUAGAAGCGCUGGAAGCUGAGGUGAAGGCAAUCAAUAAAAACAUUGACAAAUUUAAUUUGAUCGUACCGGUACUGAACAAACAGAUGGUGCACUUAGAUUUGAUGAAACUUGGUCAGAAGGUUUUGAAAACUAGCAAGCAUAAGAUGCAAAUUGCGAAGGAGGAAGACCUGCUUUCACCUCUCAAUAAUACAAAGGACGGUAACAAAGUCAAUAUAUUUAGUUUUAUAGAAUCGUUAUUGAAAAAAAAUUAAAGGCAACGAUACAGAUGGAUGUAAAUUAUGUAAAUAAAGAUUGUUAAAAAUGAAA